AUGGAGGCCAGAGACCCAUACGUUUCACAUGCCCCUGGAGAGUGUGUUAUUACUCUUCAAGACAUUGCUAUUCAAAUGGGUCUUCGUAUUGAUGGAAGACCAGUUAUUGCCCCUACAGGAGGUGAAGAUUUAUUGGGAAUUAGACCACCUAGUUUUACAUUUAUGGGGAGCAGCUUGAAACUUAUUUGGUUGGAUGAGCAUUUUUCCCAUGUUGGGUUGCACAACAAAAAUUCCAUUCAGCUAACUUGUUUUACUAGAGCAUAUAUUUUGAGACUUAUUGGUGGGUUUAUGUUAGCUGAUCAUUCUAGUAGCAGGGUCCCAGUUAGGUACCUUCCUUUACUUGAGGAUUUAGAGAUAACUGGGCAAUAUAGUUAG